GGUCGGGCCAGAAAGAACCCAGAAGCAGUCAGGCACCAAGUCAAAGCGAAAGAAUUGUCUCUCCAUUCUUCUCUUUGCAGCCUCAAAACCUUAAACCCUGCCUUGUCCGAAUCCAACAUAAAUCCAUAAACACCGCUUAAAACAAAUCAGAACCCAGAAAAAACCAUGAAGUUCCAAAUCGAAGACGUCACAGUCUACUUCCCUUAUGACCAUAUCUACCCCGAACAAUACUCCUACAUGAUCGAACUAAAACGAGCCUUAGACGCCAAAGGCCAUUGCCUUCUUGAAAUGCCCACAGGCACCGGAAAAACCAUCGCUUUGCUCUCUCUCAUCACUAGCUACUCCCUCUCCAAACCCCAAAGCCCCAUCAAGCUCAUUUACUGCACCCGCACUGUCCACGAGAUGGAAAAAACCUUGGCCGAGUUAAAGCUUUUGCAUAAUUACCAGAUUAAGCAUUUGGGUCCCCAAGCCAGGAUUCUUGCGAUUGGGCUUUCUUCGAGGAAGAAUUUGUGCGUGAACCCAACGGUUUUAGCGGCGGAGAAUCGGGAUUCGGUGGAUGCUGGUUGUAGGAAGUUGACAGCGAGUUGGGUUCGAGCUAUGGCGGCGGAGAAUCCCAAUGUGCCUACGUGUCAGUUUUUUGAGAAUUAUGAGAAGGCAGCUUCUGCCGCCGUCUUGCCACCGGGUGUUUAUACCCUUCAGGACCUGAGGGCGUUUGGGAAGGAGAAAGGGUGGUGUCCCUACUUUUUGGCAAGGCAUAUGGUACAGUUUGCAAAUGUGGUUGUCUAUAGCUAUCAGUAUUUGCUUGAUCCGAAGGUGGCUGGGAUUAUAUCGAAGGAAAUGCAGAAGGAGUCUGUUGUGAUCUUUGAUGAGGCGCAUAAUAUUGACAAUGUGUGUAUUGAAGCACUUAGUGUUAGUGUUAGGAGACAGACGCUUGAAGGAGCUACACGGAAUCUUAAUCGAAUAAGUCAUGAGAUUGAUAGGUUUAAGGCCACUGAUGCAAGCAGACUGCGUGCUGAAUACAACCGACUUGUAGAGGGUUUGGCACUGAGAGGAAACCUACCUAUCACUGACAAUUGGCUUUCAAAUCCUGCCUUGCCUGAUGAUAUUCUAAAGGAAGCUGUGCCUGGAAAUAUCCGUCGAGCUGAGCACUUUUUGCAUGUUCUACGUAGAUUGGUUCAGUAUCUUAGAGGUCGACUGGAAACUGAGAAUGUUGAGAAAGAAAGCCCAGUUGGCUUUGUUGCCUCUAUCAGUAGUCAUGCUGGAAUUGACCAGAAAGCAUUGAAGUUUUGUUACGACCGUUUGCAUUCACUUAUGUUGACUCUAGAAAUAACUGAUACAGAUGAGUUCUUACACAUCCAAACAAUAUGUGACUUCGCAACUCUUGUUGGCACAUACGGUCGUGGGUUUUCAAUAAUUAUUGAACCUUUUGAUGAAAGGAUGCCACAUAUUCCCGAUCCUGUCUUGCAGCUGAGCUGUCAUGAUGCUUCGCUUGCCAUAAAGCCUGUGUUUGAUCGAUUCCAAUCAGUUGUUAUUACAUCUGGCACGCUUAGCCCAAUUGAUCUGUACCCUCGCCUUCUUAAUUUUCAUCCUGUUGUUAGCCGUAGCUUUACAAUGUCCUUGACAAGAGAUUGCAUAUGUCCAAUGGUUCUCACACGUGGAAGUGAUCAACUUCCUGUUAGUACCAAAUUUGAUAUGAGAAGCGAUCCUGGUGUUGUGAGGAAUUAUGGGAAGCUCUUGUUGGAGAUGGUCUCUGUUGUCCCUGAUGGAAUUGUCUGUUUUUUCGUCAGUUAUUCAUACAUGGAUGGAAUUAUCAACACUUGGAAUGAUACUGGAAUUCUGAAGGAAAUAAUGCAACAUAAGCUUGUCUUCAUUGAGACGCAAGAUGUUGUUGAAACCACAUUGGCUUUGGACAAUUAUCGUAGAGCUUGUGACUGUGGAAGAGGUGCAGUUUUUUUUUCUGUUGCCAGGGGAAAGGUUGCUGAAGGUAUAGAUUUUGAUCGACAUUAUGGCAGACUAGUAAUCAUGUUUGGUGUUCCUUUCCAGUAUACGUUGAGCAAAAUAUUGAUGGCAAGGUUGGAGUACUUACGAGACACAUUCCAGAUAAAGGAAGGAGAUUUUCUUACUUUUGAUGCCUUGAGGCAAGCUGCUCAAUGUGUGGGCCGAGUUAUCCGUUCAAAGGCUGAUUAUGGGAUGAUGAUAUUUGCUGAUAAAAGGUAUAGCCGACAUGACAAGCGCUCAAAAUUACCAAGUUGGAUACUGUCUCACUUGAGAGAUGCAAACCUGAAUUUGAGCACUGACAUGGCUCUGCAUAUAGCAAGAGAGUUCCUAAGAAAAAUGGCUCAACCAUAUGACAAGACUGGCGGUGGUGAUAGAAAGACUUUGCUGUCACAAGAAGAUUUGGAGAAGAUGGGGGAUGGAACCAUGCACGAAAUGGAGUAUUAAGGAUCUGUCUUUCAUCAACAAAUUUUGAGUCUAUUGUGCAUAUCCAUCAUAUUUAUAAAGUUCUCCUACAUCUCAGACUUUUUCCAAAUUCUGAAAUUUUGUCACCUGGAAUCUGUCAUUUUUGGAAUUGCCAUUUAGCAGAUUAAUGGAAUAUAGCGCUGCAAAAUUUACAAAUACUUGCAAGAGUGAAUGGCUACAUCCUUUUCCUCGACUUGCAUUAUUUUUAUCCUCAUUUCAUAUUGAUGUACUCUAAUUUUGUUGCAAUGGACCAAAAGAAAAAAGGCUCGUUGAAAUCAAGUAUUAUUUCAUUUUACUUUAUUGGUUGAAGAAAACAAAAUAUCUGCCCGAGUGGUAAAUGUUGCGUACCAAAAAAUUUUAGUAGGCAUUUGAUGAAAAUGAUGAUAGUUUUCUUUUCCGAAGCUGAACUUGAAUUAAUCUGCUUCAGU